AUGUGGGUGCGCACCGUGAGGACAGCGGGGGGGCUCCUCCGCGGGGGCCUCCGCUCGGCCCGGCCCGGUGACGUCAGAGCUCAGGGGUCCGGUGACGUCAGCUCAGGUCUGAGGGGCGGUGACGUCAGCAGGUCAGGGAGGACGUGGGUGACGCCCACCGGGUCCUCCACGGGUCUGAAGACCUUCAACAGCCUGACCAGACAGAAGGAGACGCUCGUCCUGGCCAGGGAGGGAGUGGCUACCUGGGCUCUGCCUCCGUCCGGUCACAGCUCAUACGUGAGGUUCGAUAUCCUGCAGAGGAUUCUGUCCCGGCUGUUUGGCAUCACCGUCGUCCACGCCAUGGUCAUCACAGACAUCGAUGACAAGAUCAUCCAGAGGAGCUGGGAGGACAAUGUUUCUCCAACCAGCAUAUCCUCGCUGUACGAGGAGGAAUUCAAGAGGGACAUGCUGUCAUUAAAGGUGAUUCCUCCUGCAGUGUAUCUAAGAGUCACUGAGAACGUGCAUCACAUUGUCGCCUUCAUUGAGGGGAUCAUUAACAACGGACACGCUUACGCCACAGAACAAGGCGAUGUGUAUUUUGACAUCCAGUCCAUUGGCGAUCGUUAUGGCAAGUUUGUGGGAGCUGUGGGUCCUCCUGGAGAACCUGGCAACUCCAAAAAACGAGACUGCAGGGAUUUCGCUCUUUGGAAGCAGUCCAAACCUCAGGAACCUUACUGGGAUUCUCCGUGGGGCAGAGGAAGACCUGGCUGGCAUAUUGAAUGCUCUACCAUCGCUAGCUCCGUGUUUGGGAGUCAGCUUGAUAUCCAUUCUGGAGGUAUCGACCUGGCCUUUCCUCACCAUGAGAACGAGGUGGCUCAGAGUGAAGCCUAUCACCAGUGUGGACAAUGGGCAAACUACUUCCUCCACUCAGGGCACUUACACCUAAAAGGCAGUGCAGAGAAGAUGUCUAAAUCUUUAAAGAACUUUGUCACUAUUAAGGAUUUCCUCCAGUCUUACUCUGCCAAUGAAUUCCGGAUGUUUUGUCUUAUGACCAAAUACAGAUCAGCGAUAGACUACAGUGACAGCAGCAUGUUGGAGGCUCGGACCUCUCUGGGAACCAUCUCCACCUUCAUCCAUGAUUCCACCGCCCACAUCAAGGGUCAGCUGCAGUGUUCACCUGUACGGGAAGCUCUUCUCUGGGAGAGGUUGGCUGAGACUAAAUCCAGCGUGAUGAAAGCACUGGCAGAUGACUUCGAUACCCCAAGAGCCAUCAGUGCUGUGAUGAAUCUGGUUUAUCAUGGAAACUGCCAACUCCAGCCCGUUUCUAAGUGUCAGGGAGUGGCUCGGAGCCCUGCAGUGUUUGGAGCGAUGGUCAGCUACAUCAGAGACAUCUUGGAUGUGUUUGGGAUUGAUCUGCUGCACAGUAAGGAGGCUGGUCUGGUUGGUAGUUGUGGAAGUUUGGAGGUCGUUGUGGAGCAGCUGACUCAUUUCAGAAGUGAAGUUCGAGCGUUCGCACUUGCUCAUCAGGAUGGCCCCACCCAUGGAAGCCCCAACAAACCUGGACUAUACCCAGAGAGAAUCCCUCUCCUCAAAGCCUGUGACACCCUCAGAAAGGACCUGGCACCCUUGGGUGUGCUGAUAAAGGACCGAGGAGCCACCUCCACAUGGGAGCUAACUCAGAGAAAACAAAGUCCGGUGAGACAAAGUGUCCAGGAUAAAGACCAGGAGACAUCCAGCUGAAAUAUGAACUGAAAGACUAUGGAAACGAAAGACUAAACCAUCCAGAUUUCAUAACAACACAAAGUACCUUAAGGUCACAUGCCUGAUGUGCCAGUCACUCUCAUAUCCUUUGCUUCAUAAGUCAGAAGUAGAUUAUAUAAUAAUAACUGUCUAUUGAAGCGGUGUAAUACGUUUGUUUCUUUGUUGUGUUUUUGUGGUGUAGAUUUCAGUGUGUAGGAUGAAAGUUGAAUGGAACACAGAAGGCUAAAUGUGUUUCUCUCUGUCUGAGGUUGAAGAAAACCCACGUCUCUCUUAUGGCUGAGCCAGUGUUUUCCUCCAGUAAUGAGAUCCUGUGCUGAGCCUACAGGACUAUAAUGCUACCACAUGUUUAAAAGUGUCUAACUGAAUGAAAAUAAAAGGAACAGUUCUUGCAUU